AUGGUGGACACAACGGGUCCAUUGGUAAUUAGCCCCACCAAUAAACCAGUCAACGGCGAGUUUGGUUAUUGGUCUGACAAUGAUGGUUCUGAGUCCGCUGAGUCGGCUCCGGACUUUUCGGCACCAUCUAACUCGGACCACCCCCCUACUGAAGUGGUUGUCGGGAAGUCACCUGCCCCAGCCCAGCGGGCCAAUUACCCCUUGGCAACAAUGUUAAUCAACUCCCACUUGUUGGAACCUGCUCCUCCCAAACCUUCCAGACUCCCAGCUCCUCCUUCAGUGAAGAAGCAACUCACCUAUGUUGCCGCCUCACAGAAGAAGGCUGCUAUUCGGACCAAGUACCUCUCUGAAGAAAUGAAGGCUCGAGAAUUGACACAGAUGAAUCUGACCGGGCUUCCUUGCACAAAUGCCCAAUUCCUCUGCGCUACAAUCAACUAUGAAUGGGAUGGGGACACAUCUGAGGUCUAUUGA